ACAUCCAUGGUUAUCAAGGAAGGGAAUCCAUCGAUAGUUUGGUUUUACUGAUGCUCCAUUGUGGUUGAAAUUGCUUUUAUACCUUUUUCAAUCAAUCAUGCAUUUUAAUUAUAAGCGAAAAUACGACAGAUUGAAACGGUGUAUUAAAUUGUAUAUACUGGAAAACUCUUGUCUUACUGAUGAAAUUUGCCAUCUACAGUCUGAAUUAUCUGCUACUCGAUCACAAAGGGUUUAUCUAAUUAAGAAAUUAAUGUUUUACGAAGGUUUAGAAAAGACCAAUAUAGUACGCAACUGCGUUUCAAAUGGAAAACUCGAAUAUAAGGAGAAUUUUAUACGAACUUUAAACAAAAAUAAACCAAGUUCUUCACAUCCCAGUGAAAUUGAAGAGGAAUCUCAGAAUGGUUUUACAGCACAAAACCAAAUAUCUUUUCCAAUUCAUUUAAAUAAUUUAUUACUACAUUCACUAGGCGAUAUAUCAGGGAAUUCAAAUUUUCAUAAUGAGUGUUGGAUUUAUCCAGUUGGUUAUGUAGCAACCCGAAUUUAUGCCCAUCCAAAAGAUCCACAUAAAAAGUGUGUAUUCACUUGUAAAAUUUUAAAUAACGCUGGAGUUCCUCAAUUUCAAAUAAUCCCUGAUAAUGAUUUGGAUGGUGUAUUUUUUGGAGAAACCCCUAAUAUGUGUCAUGCAGAACUGUUGAAUAAUAUUCAGCGGUAUGUUAAUAAAAGAGUAAAAAUACCAUUUGAUGUGCAGGGAGAAUCUUUUUUUGGAUUGUCUAAUCCAAAAAUUCAAUCACUGUUAAGGCUAGACCCAGGAUUUCAACGUUGCUUUAAUUUUAAAGGAUAUAAUAAUAUACAAAGUCCAAAAUCGUUAAACAAUCCAGGAUUAUCAUUUGAGACUCUUCAAACAUUUUUGACUUGACACUUACAGCAAUAAUUUAAAAUCAAUAAAUAAACUUUAAUUUACAAAAUAAAUAAAAUAAAAUUUGUAUUUA